AUGUUUUUUUCCAUUCUUCCAUGUUUUUUUUUUUUCCUGCAUUUGUUUAUUUGUUUUUUUUCUUUCCUGCAUUUGUUUUUUUUUUUCUUUCCUGCAUUUGUUUUUUUUUUUCUUUCCUGCAUUUGUUUUUUUUUUUUUUUUUCCUGCAUUUGUUUUUUUUUUUCCUGUUUUUUUUCCUGCAUUUGUUUUUUUUUUUUUCCUGCAUUUUUUUUUUUUUUUUUCCUGCAUUUGUUUUUCUUUCCGGCAUUUUCCUUUUUUUUUACAUGUUUUUUUCCUGCAUUUGUCUUUUUUUUUUGCAUUUCCUGCAUUUGUUUUUUUUUUUCCUGCAUUUGUUUUUUUUUUUCUGCAUAUGUUUUUUUUUUUCCUAUAUUUGUCUGUUUUUUUUUUUUUUUACCUACAUUUGUCUGUCUUUUUUUUUCGGCAUUUUCUGUUUUUUUUUUCCGGCAUUUGUCUAGUGUUUUUUUCCGGCAUUUGUUUUUUUUUUUUUUCCUGCAUUUGUUUUUUUUCCCUCAUUUUUUUAGUGUUUUUUUUCUGCAUUUGUCUUUUUUUUUUCUUCCUGCAUUUGUCUUUUUUUUUUUCUUGCAUUUGUCUUUUUUUUUUUUUCCUGCAUUUGUCUUUUUUUUUUUUCCUGCAUUUGUUUGUUUUUUUUUCUUCUUUUGUCUAGUGUUUUUUCUUUUUUGUUUUCUGUUUUUUUUUUCUGCAUUUGUCAUUUUUUUUUUUUUUGUUUUUUUCUUGUUUUUUUUUUUUGCAUUUGUCUGUUUUUUUUUUUUUCCUGCAUUUGUUUUUUUUUUUUUUUUUGCAUUUGUCUGUUUUUUUUUUUUUUCCAUUUUUCUGUUUUUUUUUUUCCUGCAUUUGUCUUUUUUUUUUUUUUCCUUGUCUGUUUUUUUUUUCUGCAUUUGUCUUUUUUUUUUUUUCUUUUUUUGUCUGCAUUUUUUUUUUUUGUCUCCUGCAUUUGUCUGUUUUUUUGUCCUGCAUUUGUCUAGUGUUUUUUCUUGCUUUGUCUGUUUUUUUUUUGCUUUUGUCUGUUUUUUUUUUUGCAUUUGUUUUUCUUUUUUUUUUUCCUUCAUUUGUUGGUUUUUUUUUCCUGCAUUUGUCUGUUUUUUUUUUCCUGCAUUUGUCUGUUUUUUUUUUUCCUGCAUUUGUCUGUUUUUUUUUUCCUGCAUUUGUCUGUUUUUUUUUCCUGCAUUUGUCUGUUUUUUUUCCUGCAUUUGUCUAGUGUUUUAUUCUUGCUUUUGUCUGUUUUUUUUUGUCUGCAUUUGUCUUUUUUUUUCUGCAUUUGUCUUUUUUUUUUUUCCUGCAUUUGUCUUUUUUUUUCCUGCAUUUGUCUUUUUUUGUCUGCAUUUGUCUGUUUUUUUUUUUUUUUGUCUUUUUUUUUUCCUGCAUUUGUUCUUUUUUUUUCCUUUUUGUCUGUUUUUUUUUCCUGCAUUUGUCUGUUUUUUUUUUUCUGCUUUUUUUUUCCUGCAUUUGUUUACUUUUUUCCUGCAUUUGUCUGUUUUUUUUUUCUGCAUUUGUCUUUUUUUUUUUCCUGCAUUUGUCUGUUUUUUUUUUUCUGCAUUUGUCUGUUUUUUUUUCUGCAUUUGUCUGUUUUUUUUUCUGCAUUUGUCUUUUUUUUUUUCCUGCAUUUGUCUUUUUUUUUCUUUCCUGCAUUUGUCUGUUUUUUUUUCCUGCAUUUGUCUAGUGUUUUAUUCUUGCUUUUGUCUAGUGUUUUUUUCUUGCUUUUGUCUGUUUUUUUUUUCCUGCAUUUGUCUGUUUUUUUUUUCCUGCAUUUGUCUGUUUUUUUUUUUUCUGCAUUUGUCUGUUUUUUAUUUCUGCAUUUGUCUGUUUUUUUUUUCUUGCAUUUGUCUGUUUUUUUUUCUCUGCAUUUGUCUUUUUUUUUUCUGCAUUUGUCUUUUUUUUUUUUUUUCAUUUGUCUGUUUUUUUUUCUUGCAUUUGUCUGUUUUUUUUUUCUGCAUUUGUCUUUUUUUUUUUUUGCAUUUGUCUUUUUUUUUUUUCCUGCAUUUGUCUGUUUUUUUUCCUGCAUUUGUCUGUUUUUUAUCUUUGUCUGCUUUUUUCUUGCAUUUGUGUUUUUUUUUUGUUUUUGUCUGUUUUUUUUCCUGCAUUUGUCUGUUUUUUUUCCUAUUUGUCUGUUUUUUUUUUUUGCAUUUUUCUUUUUUUUUUCUGCAUUUGUCUGUUUUUUUUUUCCUGCAUUUGUCUUUUUUUUUUUCUGCAUUUUUUCCUUUCCUCGCAUUUGUCUGUUUUUUUUUUUCCAGCAUUUGUCUGUUUUUUUUUUUCUGCAUUUGUCUGUUUUCUUUUUCCUAUAUUUUCUUUUUUUUCCUACAUUUGUCCGUUUUUUUUUUGUCUGCAUUUGUCUGUUUUUUUUUGUCUGCAUUUGUCUGUUUUUUUUUGUCUGCAUUUGUCUGUUUUUUUUUCUGCAUUUGUCUGUUUUUUUUUCUGCAUUUGUCUGUUUUUUUUGUCUGCAUUUGUCUGUUUUUUUUUUCUUGCAUUUGUCUGUUUUUUUUUCUGCAUUUGUCUGUUUUUUUCUGCAUUUGUCUUUUUUUUUUGUCUGCAUUUGUCUUUUUUUUUUUUUGUUUUUGUCUUUUUUUUUUCUGCAUUUGUCUGUUUUUUUCCUGCAUUUUGUCUGUUUUUUUGUCUGCAUUUGUCUGUUUUUUUUUUCUGCAUUUGUCUUUUUUUUCCUGCAUUUGUCUUUUUUUUUUCUGCAUUUGUCUGUUUUUUUUUUUGCAUUUGUCUUUUUUUGCAUUUGUUUUUUUUUUUUCUUGCUUUUUGUUGUUUUUAUUCUCUUGCUUUUGUUUGUUUUUUUUUUCCUGCAUUUGUCUUUUUUUUUGCAUUUUUUUCUUUUUUUUUUCCUUUUUUUUUGCAUUUGUUUUUUUUUUUUUUUCCUGCAUUUGUUUUUUUUUUUCCUGCAUUUGUCUUUUUUUUUUUUUUUUAUUUCCUGCUUUUUUUUUUUUUUUUUUUUGCAUUUGUUUUUUUUUUUUUUGCAUUUGUCUUUUUUUUUUUUUUUGCAUUUGUUUAGUUUUUUUUUCCUUGCAUUUGUCUGUUUUUUUUUCCUGCAUUUGUUUUUUUCAUUUUGCUUUUGUCUGUUUUAUUCUUGCAUUUGUUUUUUUUUUCUCUGCAUUUGUCUUUUUUUUUUUUUUUUGUCUGUUUUUUUUUUUUUUCCUGCAUUUGUCUGUUUUUUCCUGCAUUUGUUUGUUUUUUUUUCUGCAUUUGUCUGUUUUUUUUUUUCUGCAUUUGUCUGUUUUUUUUUUCCUGCAUUUGUCUGUUUUUUUUUUCCUGCAUUUGUCUAGUAUUUUUUUUUUUUUCCUGCAUUUGUCUGUUUUUUUUUUCUGCAUUUGUCUGUUUUUUUUUUUUCUGCAUUUUUUUUUUUUUCUUUUUCCUAUAUUUUCUUUUUUUUCCUGCAUUUGUCUGUUUUUUUUUGUCUGCAUUUGUCUAGUGUUUUUUUUGUCUGCAUUUGUCUGUUUCUUUUCCUGCAUUUGGCUUUUUUUUUCUGCAUUUGUUUUAACCUUCAUUUGUUUACAGUUUUUUCCUGCAUUUGUCUGUCUUUUUUUUUUUUUGCAUUUGUCUGUUUUUUUCCUGCAUUUGUCUGUUUUUUUUUUCUGCAUUUGUCUAGUGUUUUAUUCUUGCUCUUGUCUGUUUUUUUUCCUACGUUUGUCUGUUUUUUUCCUACGUUUGUCUUUUUUUUUCCUACAUUUGUCUUUUUUUUUCCUGCAUUUGUUUACACUUGUUUUUGUCCUGCAUUUGUUUACACUGUUUUUUUCCUUGCAUUCGUUUACAGAUUUUUUUUCCUUGCAUUCGUUUACAGAUUUUUUUUCCCUGCAUUCGUUUACAGAUUUUUUUUCCCUGCAUUCGUUUACAGAUUUUUUUUCCCUGCAUUCGUUUACAGAUUUUUUUUCCCUGCAUUCGUUUACAGAUUAUGUUUUUUGUCCUGCAUUUUCUUUCCUUUCAUUUGUUUACAGUUUUCUUUCCUUUCAUUUGUUUACAGUUUUCUUUCCUUGCAUUUGUUUACAGUUUUCUUUCCUUGCAUUUGUUUACAGUUUUCUUUCCUUGCAUUUGUUUACAGUUUUCUUUCCUUUUUGUUUACAGUUUUUUCCUUUGCAUUUGUUUACAAUUUUUUUCCCUUGCAUUUGUUUACAGUUUUCUUUCCUUGCAUUUUUUUUUCCUUCCAUUUGUUUUUCCCUGCAUUUGUUAAGUCUUUUAUUCCUGCAUUUUUUUAUUCUUUCCCUGCAUUUUUUACACUGUUUUCUUCUUGCUUUUGUUUACAUUGUAUUCUUCUUGCAUAUGUUGACACUAGUUUUCUUUUCCUGCAUUUGUGUUGACAUCUUUCCUUGUUUGUUCAUUGCAUUUGUUUACAGUUUUCUUUCCUUGCAUUUUAAGUUUUUUCUUGCUUUUGUUUCCAGUUUUUUUUCCUGUAUUUGUUUCCACUGUUACUGCAUUUGUUUCCACUGUUUUUUUUUUCUCCUCUUCAUUUGUUUUUUUUUUCUCUUCAUUUGUUUUUUUUUUUUUCUCUUCAUUUGUUUUUUUUUUUUUCUCCUCUUCAUUUGUUUUUUUUUUUUCUCCCCUUCAUUUGUUUUUGUUUUUUUUUCUCCUCUUCAUUUGUUUUUUUUUCCCCUGCAUUUGUUUUUUUUUUCUCCUGCAUUUUAUUUUUUUUCUCCUACAUUUUUUGAGUGUUUGUUCAUUGCAUUUGUUUACAGUUUUCUUUCCUUGCAUUUUAAGUUUUCUUGCUUUUGUUUACACUUUUUUCUUUCUGCGUUUGUUUACACUGUUUUUUAUCUUCCUGCAUUUGUUUACACUGUUUUUGUCUGUUUUUACUGUAUUUGUCUGUUUUUCCUGUAUUUGUGUAGUGUUUUUUCCUUCCAUUUGUUUUUCCCUGCAUUUGUUAAAUGUUUUAUUCCUGCAUUUUUUCUUUCCCUGCAUUUGUUGACACUUGUUUUCUUCUCCUGCAUUAGUUUACAGCGUUGUUUAUUUUUCCUACGUUUGUUCAUUGCAUUUGUUUAUAGUUUUCUUUCCUUGCAUCUUCAGUUUUUUCCUGCAUUUGUUUACACUGUUUUUUUCCUGCAUUUGUUUUUUUUUUUCCCCAUUUUUUACUUUUUUUCCUGCAUUUGUUUACUGUUUUUUUUUUCGUUUGUUUACACUGUUUUUUUUCCUGCAUUUGUUUACACUGUUUUUUUCCAGCGUUUGUUUACACUGUUUUUUUCCAGCGUUUGUUUACACUGUUUUUUUCCAGCGUUUGUUUACACUGUUUUUUUCCAGCGUUUGUUUACACUGUUUUUUUCCAGCGUUUGUUUACACUGUUUUUUUCCAGCGUUUGUUUACACUGUUUUUUUUCCAGCGUUUGUUUACACUGUUUUUUUUUCCAGCGUUUGUUUACACUGUUUUUUUUUUCAGCGUUUUGUUUUUCCUUCCAUUUGUUUUUUUUCCAUUUGUUUUUCCCUGCAUUUGUUAAGUCUUUUAUUCCUGCAUUUUUUAUUCUUUCCCUGCAUUUGUUUAUACUGUUUUCUUCUUGCAUUUGUUGACACUGUUUUUCUUUUCCUGCAUUAG